AUGUUUGCAGCAACAACUAGAGAACAAUGUUUUAUGAAGCUUAUACACAAGCACUACACACUUAAUAAUUCUGAAAUAUCAUGGCAUUAUGAAAUAUGCAUAGAAGCCAUCUGCUGCCUUUGUGAUGAGAAGACGCAACAUGACUACGCUUAUCUUUUAUUGUCGAAUGAAAUGUUUAUGCCUCAACAUUUAGAGAAAUAA